CCUAAUCUCUUGUAUUAACUAUAUUUUACUUAGUAACAUAUGUUACAUCAAUAUUGCUAUGACAAUUGUUCAUAGAUUCAAACUCGCUUUAUAGUGGAAAUAAACAAUUAAAUAUUUAUAAAUGCCUGUAAACGAUUUCUUUCUUUGGAAUAUAUUGAUUAUUAACGAAUAAAGCCCGGAUAAAUCAGUAAUAUAAUGGCAACGGCAAUAAAAGAUCGCAUUAUUCCUACUAUGGAUACUUUGGUUAAAUACGAUAAUCCAGUCUUAGUUACAGUCCGUCCAGAAAAGGCACCUAAAGAACAAGCACCCAAAAUCGGAGUAACAAUCUGUAAAGUUGAAACCACUAUUCCUACGCUUGAUACAAGACAUGAAACUUCUGAAAUUCUCAAUAGAAUUUUGCCACCCAAACAAUGGGAAGAGGAUGGUCAAGUUUGGACUCAGAAAAUAUCAAGUAUACCAGCAACAAGACUAGAUGUUAUUAAUUUACAAGAACAUCUAGACAUGAAAUUGCAACAAAGACAAGCAAGAGAAACUGGCAUUUGUCCAGUACGUAGAGAACUUUAUACGCAAUGUUUUGAUGAAAUAAUACGUCAGGUGACAAUAAACUGUGCAGAACGUGGAUUACUUUUACUUAGAAUCCGAGACGAACUUAAGAUGACAUUAGCUGCAUACCAAACUUUGUAUCAAAGCAGUAUUGCUUUUGGUAUGCGUAAAGCUUUACAAGCUGAACAAGGAAAAGAAGAUUUAAUUGCUGCUGCAGAUGAGCUACAAUUACAGAAGGCUGAAUUAGAAAAAACAGUUAUUGAAUUAAAACAGAAAUCUGAACAGGCUGAAAGGAGGGCAGCUGAACUACGGGAAGCUGAAGAAAAAAAGCACAUGGAAGAAAUACAAUUUUUGAAAAAGACAAAUCAGCAGCUGAAAGCACAGUUAGAGGGAAUUAUUGCGCCAAAGAGAUAAAAUAAGCAUAAAUGAUAAUGCACGAUAAAAGAAGAUACAUUAUUUUUUAUGAAUACUUUCAAUUCCAUUUAUUUUAAUUUCGUAAUAAGGCCAAUAUAAAAACGUUAAGAUAUUUUAUUUAUUUUCUUAUUUCUUGAAUUAAUUUGCACAUAUAUCUUUCGUUUACAAAUUUGUUGAACAUUGUAAGACGUAUAAAUGUUGUUCAAUAGAAAACAUAGAUAAAUAAAUACAUUUUUAAUUUGUCAACAUAUAGUAGUACCACAAAUAUUAUGGUAAUAGUUAUAUGAAAUGUUUUUUGUCAUAUUGUAUAAAAUACAUUUUUUAAACUUUAUUAUUUAUAUAAAUUAGCAGCUUCAGUUUAUUAUUCAAUAUAACCAGAUAUACUGUAUUAUCAAAAUAUAAAAUAUACGUGGCAGAAUGUAAUAUUUCUUUUUAUAAUUAAUUAUUAAAGUAAAGACAAAUACAAAGAUUCCAAAAGUACAUACAAAUUAUGCCUAUUAUUGGAUUUAACGUCGAUGUAAAGUACUUCUAAAAUAGGAGUUUCCAACUGUAAGUU